AUGGCCUCCACAAGGAAGAUCCUGAGAAGAUCGAUCCACACUUUCCUUCAAAACUACCACUACUUCACCUCGACAGACCUCUUCGACGCGGCCGGGUUCCCGCCUUCGUCUGAAUUCUUCGCCCUGCUCAACUUCAAGCUCUCCCAAACGCUGUCCUCUUCGGUCCUCGCCCCCUUCGCCCUCUCCUUCCUCCUCAUCGCCAAGUCCUCCGUGAUUCUGUCCCUCGCCGGGACGAAGCCAUCCGUCCCGUCCUCGCUCUCCUCAUUCCUAUCGAUUUAUAGGCCACUCCUCGCCACUUACAUCUGCAACUUGCUUGUGAUCCUCUCCGCCAACUCAACCGCCUUCUUCCUCCUCUUCUUCGCAUUCAACUGCCUUGGGGGACCUCAGCCCGGUUCCUCGAAUUACGACCUCCUGCUCUCGGCAACCGGCGCAGUUGUCUACUCCAUCAUCUUAGCGCAUGCUCUGGUGAUAUGCAACUUGGCACUAGUCUUAUCAGGUAUGGAGAGAACUGGCGGAUUCGUUUACGAUUCUAAAGGCAUGCGCCUUGAUCAGGGGAUCAACUUCAACUGCUCUUUUUCCCUGGCGGUGCCCGUGAAUUUGGCCCUGGCCGGCACAGAAGCAUUGUUUCAAUUCCGGGUCAUGAGGGCUUACAGCAUGAAGAACGGGCCAGUAUUUCCAGUGGCCAUGGAAGGUGGCUCAUCGCCUAUUUGUAUUCAAUACUCAUCGUUCUCGACACAAUCCUCACCUGCAUUUUCUUCAAAAGCUGUAAGAACAGUUCCAUCAUCCGUGGCAGCGAAGAUCAACGCUACUUCCGGAUUGAAUUCGGUGAUUACGACGACAACAUUAGAACUCCCGAGAACCUGA